AUGUUAAGCUUUGAUGAAAAUAAGAAGGGGACUGCAAAGCACCUUUCUGGACUAUGUAAUCUACCACUGGGUUUUCCAAAGGAGUGGACAAUGUUGACACCGCCGGGUGAAGAGAAACCCCAGAAGCGGGUGAGGUUCCGCGUGGCUUCGGGGAACAGUGGUCGGGUGCUGAAGGAGAUAUUUAAAGAUAGGGGGCCGUCUGACUCGUUGGAUUCAGAUUGUACCAGUAGUUCGGAUGCGGACCGGGCCAGUACGCCUUCCACAAGUGGAGAUGCUAAUGGACAUGCUUUUCUACAUGGGUUUCUAGGCUCCGAGUUGGAUGAUAGCGAGAGCGAGCGGGAUGAUUUGCUCAUGUAUGCUGGGGCCUCAAAGGACAGAGCACCGAUUAGCCACAAGCGUGUCAACAUCCUCAGCAAAAAUGGGACUGUAAGGGGGGUCAAGAACAAAGUCAGUACAGGUCAGGUCUUAUUUGAAAACCUUCCUAAUGCAUGUGGGCCCGAGUUGACACUAGAAUUUGGGCGGAUAGUGAUCUACACCACCAGCUUUCGAGUAGUAAGGACCACGUUUGAACGGUGUGAGUUGGUCCGGAAGAUCUUUUCAAACCACAGGGUCAAGUUUCUGGAAAAGAAUAUAGCCCUGGACUGUGAGUAUGGGAAGGACCUGGAAGAACGAUGCAAGCGGGUGGGCGAACCUCCCUCGCUACCAGUCGUGUUCAUCAAUGGACACUACCUCGGGGGUGCUGAGAAAAUAUUGGACAUGAAUGAAUCAGGAGAACUUCAGGAUCGUCUGGCCAAAAUUGAGAGGGUACAGCACCCCCACACGUGCCAGACCUGUGGGGGCUUUGCCUUCGUCCCGUGCCCCAUGUGCCAUGGUAGCAAGUUGUCAGUUUUCCGCAACUGCUUCACAGAGUCGUUCAAAGCCCUGAAGUGCACCUGGUGCAACGAGAAUGGCCUGCAGCCCUGUUCCAGCUGCAGCCAAUGAUGACUCUAAGUGCCUGAUCGAAAUAUCCCCUUUCCCCAAGCCCACACAAUGUAUGGUGUCCAUAAUUAGGACAGCCAGAAAUACAAACAAGUCCUAGAGAGACUGAGGCUGUCCUAAUAUGGACACUGUACGGAUUGGACUGUGUCAGAGAUAAGAAUUUAU